GCCAUGUCGAUGCUGCGUUGCCAAUGCUCGUCUCUUGCCCGCAGGCUACCCACAACAACUGCGCGAUCAUUUUCGUCCUCAGCCGCCAUCAGAGCUGACGCAACAACAACAGCAGGAGCAGGAGCACCGGCGGCAAAUGUUGGCAGCGUCAAGCCGCCGAAACAGCCGGUUGGUGGUUUCCGCGGCGGAAUUGUCGGCUUCCUGCUUGGCUUCUCGAUAGCGUCGUCAUUUGCCGCUUAUCACUUGCUGGAGGAAUACAAACAGGCGUCCGCUGCGUUACAGGCGAGCGUCUUGGAGCUGCAGGCCAGCACCGAAAAGGUGACGGCUCAUAUCAGAAGAAUAGAGGCCGUUGAGAAGGAUCUCAAGGCUCUGUCGAAUACCACAGCGACCAAGGAUGACUUGUCGCGAGUACGAGCAGAAAUGAAGAAAAUCUAUGACGGUCUUGACAUAGAAUUCUUGAACCUUCGACAACAUGUGUGGGGAAUCCAGCAAGAUUUGCACGCCUUAACGAAGAAGGAUAACGCAACCCAUCUCGUAUAAAGGCUAUUUGUGUCAUCAAUGUUCUUGUCCAAUAUCAAAAACAUAUUAGAAACUAAUGCCCACGAACUUUUGUCGUGAUCUCUGACAUGAGAAUCCACUGUGUGGGCCACGCGUGCCCGAAUACCCCGACAUACGGGUUAUUCGUUGAUGGCGGUUAUAACCUUCGACGAAAACUCCGGUCGUCAGAACGUACAUGGCCUUGUUCUUGGCUUUCCCAACAUGCAGGACAUUGGCAUACCAACUCGGGCUUUCUUGCACUGUGCUUCGUCCGCGUUUUGAUGGCGCAAGUGAGAAGGUGCCAAAAUUAAAACAGCCAUAUUGAUGGGUCCGUGAAUAGGGGUGAAGGACUCUAA